AUGAAUAUUCUUACACAAAGUUAUGAUGAUUAUGAAGAUGAUACAAUAUACUUAUUAGAAAAACUGAUCCAAAGAAUCGGAAAUGAAAAUAAUGAAAUAAUUAAUGUUUCUAUCAACAUUGUAUUAGAAAAACUAGAAAGUAUCGGCGAGGAUGAGCUAAAGCUAGGCUCAAUCAUUGAUUUAACUUUUGAUAUUUUGAAAUAUAUAUGCAAUGACAAAGAUUUGCUUGAAAAAAUUCUUUUUAUUAUGUGCAACCUUUAUUCUAAGUUCAACAAUGAAAAGAAACUGAUGAAAAUUAUUACUCAUUUGUUUGAUUUAAUUCCUGAUUCAUUUGAAAACGAUUUUGUGAUGUCAAAUUUAACUCAAAUUUGUUAUCAAAGUUACUUUUUUGACGAUAACAUUCAAAAUUACGAAAUUUCUUAUUUGGUUCUUAAAUGUAAAGUCGAAAAAUUUCACAGGGCUAAGAUGGUUGAAGAAGGUCGAGAUUUGGCCAAAUAUUUGAAUCAAAAUUACUUAGAAUUGAAUAGUUUAUAUCAAAGAUCUGUAAAUAUAAUUAUUUCUGAAAAAGAUGAAGGAAAAAAGAAUGAAAUAAUCAGAUCAUUGUUUGAUAUACCAUUCGAAGAUGAAAUAGAAAGAAAAUACAUAAUUUACCAACAUGCAUAUGAUAGUUUAGCCAACAUUUUACCAGACUUAAUUGAUGAAUUCAAAAAAAGAUUCAGUACAAUUACGUAG